AUGCUUUCUUCGGAUGAAUCCGUCGCCAGGAAGGAGGAGGAAAGUAGCGACACGUCGGGUAAGAUCUCUUUCCUCGGGAUGCCUAUCGGGACCCUUGCGGGCACCUUUGGAAGCAUACUUGGCGUCGGAGGAGGGGUGAUCAUGGUUCCCCUGCUGACGUGCAAGCCCAUGAGCAUGCAAGCAAGACACGCUUCUGCCACGUCCUUGGUGGCUGUGCUGGGCACAGGGCUGGUUUCGGCAGUGCUCUACUUCAGCUACGGGCAGGCGGAUCCUUUUGGCGCUGGAAUCCUCGCAGUGGUAGCCAUGUUCUCAGCGCCAGCCGGCGCUCGAGCCACAAUGAAGAUCUCGCACAAGACCCUCAAGAAGGUCAUGGGGGUGUUCCUUACGAUAUCGGCGCCGCUUGUCCCCUUGAGGGAAGGGCUCCUUGAGUCCAGCCACAAGAGUAACCUCCUGUCGGAUCCGUUCUUCAUCUCGUUGCACGACGCAGAGAAGAAAUAUUUCCCGUACCUCGAUGUCGUCUGCGAUCAGUGCAAGAAAUCCUUCGGAGAGUUUCCAGGUCUCAUGUCUGUUCCCAGUCACGCGAGGGUCCCCUACAUCAGCAUCCUUGUUGCAGCAGGGGGGACUGCGGGAUACUUGUCGGGAUUGCUGGGAAUCGGAGGAGGUAUCAUAGUUACACCCUUGCUCGCCUUAUUCUCAGGAAUGUCACAACAUGCUGUCGUGGGAACAUCGAUGGUGGCGAUGAUCUUCCCUUCGGCAGUUUCUCUGUAUACUCAUCAUCGCUUGGGCAAUGUAAGGUGGCGAGUGGGGAGGAUGCUGUUUCUUGGAUCGACUAUCGGGGCAGCUCUUGGAGUGCAGAUAGCACAACAUGUACAGGACGACACGUUGAAGUAUAUCUUUGCUGUUGGGAUGCUGGGACUCGGGAUAAAAACUUACAAAGCUUGA